AUGCUUCGUAAGAGGAAAAGUCGUCAAGAAGUUCGUACUUUCAAAAAGUUAAAGACCGAUGCGACAAGUCAGCCAGUAUUGAAGGUUGCGGGACCGAAACUUCCAUCAAAACAUUUUUAUACGGGAGACGGUAUCCGUGAUAACUGUUUGACAUUAUUUUAUCAAUCAUUUUUGAAAGCGUGUGAAGAUAAGGACGGUGAAGAAACGAAACAAAAGAUGGCAAUGCUUGCAAAGAAAAUAGAAGAGCACAUUUUUGGAUCCAUAUCUCAUGGCGAAAAGUACAAGUUACGCUCCAGAAGUAUAUUGUUGAAUUUACGAGACAAGAAUAACCCGGAAUUUGUACGUAAUGUCAUUAACGGGGUGAUUAAAGCGGAGGAUGUUUGCAAAUUGACAGGAGAUGAAAUGCUCAGUCGGGAAAGGUUAAAUCGAAAACAAAUGGCAUCUAAAAAGAACCUUGAAAGGUGUAUAAGGCAAGAGUCGGAAUUGGUGCCGAUGAAGUUGGAAGCGGAUGGUUCGUUGGGUUCUUGCAUGACUGGAGGUAGUGGAGGGACUGUUUGGGUUUCUCGUGACAUGGUUAACAAAUCUGAUAAUUUGUAUGAUUGA